AUGCCGACAAAGCUCCGCAAGCGCUUGACCAGUGCGAGGUCUCACAUGACAAACUUAAGCCAACCUCACAAAAGAACCCUUGAGCCCUCAACGCUCCUCAAGUAUUCAGAAAAGCUUCUGCCGUUGUUGUCCGAUGAGUUUCUCCAGGGGUUGGGCACAGACGACGAUGCGCUGCCGCUGAUGAAGACCUCUCGAUUCAUGUUAAACCAUGCGCUCUCAGCCCCGAUUAUGUCGGUGACAAAUUUGACUGUGCAGCCGGGUGAGAGCGGGUUUGUUUUGUGGUUAAUUGUCUCGUCGUACUUCCCUCUUGUCUCGGCGUGCAUGGCUCCUGUGAGCAACCUCAUCUCGUUGGUGUGUUUGAUUGAAAAAUGGGGCUAUGUGGAGCUGUCGCUUGUGCGCCUCGACAACAGCUCCGUUUUUGCCCUCAAUGUGCUCUCGUUCAUUUUUGGUGUGAUGGGCAAUGCGUCGCUCGUGCUAAACUUCUCCCAGAGAAUGCACUAUUUGUUCUCCCAGCUCCUCUCCAUCAGCUGCUGGCUUCUCGCGGGACUGUUUUUGCUUGUUGCAGUCAUUUUGGCUGCUGUCAAGGUUGCCAGUAUUGAUGAGCCGGUGCAGCUCACCGAGGGCUACUACUUGGCCAUGUUCACGGUGUUCUUUUACUACUCAUGCGCUAUCAUCCAGGCCUCAAACUUCUUGGGUUAUACUCUCAAAAAGUAUCCGCCCGUGUUCAAUUUGAGCCGUCGUCAGCGCUCGCUUAUGAUGUAUAUUCUUUGUUUUUGUUUGUGGGAGGUUGCGGGUACCGUAAGCAUGGCGUAUCUCUUAUCCGAUGCGACAUUCGGCAUGUCUUUGUAUUUCUGUACUGUUUCUAUUCUUACCAUUGGUUACGGAGAUUUGGUGCCUGAAACCCCUGGCGCAAGGGCAUUCGACAUGGUCUUUUGUUUCGUCGGUGUCAUCAUUGUUGGUUUGGUAGUCGCUAUGAUUCGUCAGGUUGUCCUUACCUCCGCUGCGCCCUGCAUCUUUUGGCAUCGAAUCGAGCUCGGACGCGAGAAACUUAUUCAGCGUUUGGAAAAAGAAGACAUUCGGUUGAGUCCCGAGGAAGCCUUUUCUCAAAUGCGCCAGCUCCGGCGUGAGGUGAAAUUGCACCAGGCGAACAUAUCGCUUCUUGUCACGAUAAUUGUGUUCGUUGUUUUCUGGCUUGUCGGCGGGCUCAUUUUCUGCUAUAUUGAGGACUGGAACUAUUUUGAUGGAGUGUACUAUUGCUUUGUGACCCUUCUUACCAUUGGAUAUGGUGAUUUUACACCACAAAAACCCCUUGGACGGUCAUUUUUCAUAGUCUGGGCUUUUUUUGCUGUCCCAUUGAUGGCAAUUUUAAUUUCCAAUGCUUCAGAUACUCUAUUCGAAUGGGGUGAGAAAAUUAAUGCCGUAACAACCCAUUUGAUGCACUGGAGAACAUACUGGAGUCUUUUGAAGGCCUUCUACCAAAGAUGGAUACCACACAGAAAUGAUAUCAGUCCCUCUGGAGGGCUCUCGGAAAUGUCAAGUUUGCUGCGCUCACGAAGCUUCCCGAGAUCACAUAGUGGACUCAUCACCCUUGAUGCGACUGAAUUAGAAGAGAGAGAAAUAGGACCACUGACUGCAGAAAGACUCCGCGAGCUUCAUACUUCUGUAAAUGAUGAUUAUGAAAUCAUUGCAAAUGUCGUGAAUAGAAUAGAAUCACUCAAGGUGUUGUUGGUGGACAGCGUGGAAACCCCUGCAAAACGCUACACCCAUGAUGAGUGGGUGGAGCACCUUGAUGCAUUGAACACCACACAAACAUGCGGGGAAGAUGCUGAUUUUUGGAUUGGCGAACAGUCGCCCUUGCGGCUUCCUAUCAAAGAGCCCAGUUUCCUACUUCUCAAGAUGCUCGUUGGAGUAGAAAACGAUGUCAUGAGCCUUCUUCAAUCACAGGAAAAACUAAUUGAGGGCUUAAGACGCUUUUGUUAUGAGCAUGGCGUGAAUCCAGACGAGCAAGGAGGAAACAGUGUUAUUGAUUUCUCCGACCUACCGCAUCCAGAGCGCCAUCCUCUGUCAUUGUAUUUGGAAAGCAAAGGGCUGUCGCCUGAAACAGACCUUGUGAAGGAGUAA